GUCCCGACACCCUGGGGGGGGGUCACAGAAAUUUAGAACUCAAGUGCCGUAGCUAAGAUCAGCCGUCAUUCAUAUUGAUUCUGUGACGGUGUAAUAUUAGUGUCCCAGUCUGUGAGGUCACAUUGUUUUUUGGAAACGUUUCAGCGUUUUGGAAACACGGCACAGCUCCACAUACACACACAGUCAGACAUGCACACACACACAGCGCUGCACUGUGCUCCUCCGCUGGCUCAGCUGAUCCCGUCUCUCCUCUGUAACGCCUCUGGUACUACCUCUAAAGACGGGACAGAGGGGGGGGUCACUUCGUCCCCUCAUUACGUCUCUGAGACAUCCAGAUUGAAGGCAAAACGUCACAGGGGCGUAAAUAUCACAGCUUGAAGCAGCUGCCUGAAUCGAGCUUUUGCCAGACACGGGUUGCAACAAUACCUGAAUUUAAAAUGUUGAUAUGAUUCUAGUGAAAAACAGACAAUAUCAAAAGCUGUUUGGAUAGAAAGACAACUAAACUAGAAGUCCCAGACCCCCAUUGGGGACUUUCUUGUUUUCAGUUUUUGGAAGCAAACAAACAAAGGUGGGGGGGACAGUUUGUGAAGGAUUCAUUCCUCUACUACACACCGGUGUUAUGAAGUAGUUGGGUACUUUUUGUGAUUGUGGUUUUGAAAAGUGUCAAACAUUUUUACGACCUCAUGUCUGACACGUCGAGGACGGACUGUUAAAUGUUUCCCUUCCAUUCAAAGACUAAAUAACGUGACAAAUAACCGUCCCGGUAACAGACUCUGUAUUUCUCGUGUGAAUCGAAUUCGAGGCGGCGUUUGCUAAAGGUUAAGGUGCUCAGUGGUUUUCUGCUGAUAAAGACUCGAAGCUCAGAAUAAACCCGACGUUGGUUACAUUUUCUGAACUGCUCUGCCGCUGCUCUCUUGGUGUCUUUACCUGAUCUGUGCACAGUCUGCUUCACUUCCUCUGUUUUAAAUUUAGGCCCAACUUUCAGACUCGACUUCCUCUUUUUUCACUGCUCAUAACGAGACUUCUGUGCUCACCGCCUCGACAGAGCUGCGUCUGCAGGAACAAGCGUUUUGCUCUGAGGAGAUUAUCUGCAGAAAAUGAGACUCUGAGAAUCCACUUUUCACUCGACCUGUUCAGAUGGGGAACCUGAUCAAGGUGUUAACCAGAGACAUCGACAACAAUGGUGGAAACUUCUUUCUGGAUUUUGAGAACGCUCAGCCCUCGCAGUCGGAGACGGAGGUGUGGGAGGAGGUGAACCAGGUGCUGACGGAGUCUCGGGUCAUCCUGGAAGACCUGCAGUCUUACAGAGGAGCAGGAGAGGAAAUCAGACAGGCCAUCCAGAGUCCAGGUGUGGAGGGGGUUCAGGAGAAGGCCUGGUCUGCUGUGGUUCCUUUGGUCGGCAAACUCAAAAGCUUCUACGAGUUCUCUCAGAAACUCGAGUCCAGUCUGCGGCGUCUCCUGGUCAUCCUCACCAGCGCCGCCUCGACUCCCACUCAGCACCUGGAGCAGAAACAGGCUCUGGCUCGACAGUUUGCCCACAUCAUGCACUUCACGCUGCGCUUCGACGAACUCAAG